CCGCAUCUUGAUGAGAUUGAUAAAAUUAAUAAUCGAAUUCUUUAUCAAAAGAUCAUAAAGACUAUUAUUACGAUUUCUUAUUUUGAGAUAGAAUCAUGCGAUUUCCUAGUUCACAAAAUUAUUGAGAAAGAAAACCUUGAUCCUGAUAUCGUCAACUCUUUACGUGAGCUUAUUAGUAAAGACAUUGAUUCCGAUAAUCCAUGCGAGUUAGAACAACAUUUCAAAUCUCUCUCCGAAGAUAUUCGCAAGGAUUGUUUACCAGCAUUUCGUAACAGAUUUACAAAUCUUAUUUUAAAUGAUGAUUUGACAUGGAAUUCCGCAUGCUUAAAUUCAUUUUUGUUGCUGUUUACUCAAUUAUUUACUACUGAAUCUGAGGUUGUGCAAAUAAUAAACAAUUGCACAAAAAAAAUUCCAUCUCUUUGUGAUGCAUGGUAUUCAAAUAUUACUUCUACUUCCCAAAAAGGACAAAACAUUGUAAUCUUAAUGUAUAAGCAACUUUCGGAAGUUUCAUUCAUUUUUAAAAAACGUCCUGAUAUCUAUAAACAAUUAAUAGGAAUCAUUGAAAAGAGAAUCAAUAAUAUAUCAAUUCAAUUGUUGCUUCAAUCAACUUCAUUUGUAGGCAGGCUUGAAACUAAAAUGCCUAACAUUGCUAAAGACUUUACAAGAAUCUUUAACGAAAAAUUUGAUCCGUUUAUUAACUCCAUUGAUGAUGAUGCUCUAAUAACAAAUAUUGCCCAUAUAUGUGAUUCUUCACCCGCAUCCUUGAAUGUACCUAAUAGAUUAUGCGAAAGUACUGUCUGUCAUAUAUUAGAUAUAAUUCGGAGUAAAAUUGUGGCAUCUAGUGAAUUUAAUGUUAGCAACGAUGAAACUCAAUUAUUAUUGCUCAAAUCUUCUAAAUUCUGGUCCUUUUUAUUAAAUGCUAGUGGAGUGGUUAUUGAGCUUCAUUCUCAUCCACAAAUGAACCACGUUCGUUCUCAAAUCAUUCAGCUUGCUAAUAUGAUUAGAAAUAAGUCAAUUCAAAUGGGUUUACUUGAAUCGUUAACUGAAUUUAAAAAUGAUGAUUUGAUUAGUUAUUUUAAUUCUGGUAUCGGUCUUGAAAAUGAGGAACAAAUGAUUACUGGUGAAAUAUUAGAUUUUCUUAGGGAGAAGUCCCAUGAACAUUCAGAUACUGCUAAGCAUCUAUUUUCUUUCUACCAUAAAUGGUGUAAUAAGGCUGAGGACUUUCUGACUUAUGUAAAUGAUCUUACUCAUAAGAUGGAAACUUUAAAAGAUGUACCACUUGCUGAUUUUGAUUCUAUAGAAUACUGGUAUCCACAUACUGGGAUUAUUGAAGUCAGCCAAAAAGUAUACAAAUAUGAAAAUUCUGUAACUUUUGCAAACAUGAUUGAAAACAAUACGAAGGGUGAAAUACAAAUGAGCAUAGCAGAUAUAGCAGAGAUGUUUACGAGAAGCAUGAUUGAACAAUAUCAAAAGAUUUGUAAUAGUUAUAAAAAUUGGCAAAAUAUUAAUUGUUCUGAAGCUCGAGUAUUUUGGAAAUGCAUUACUAAAGAACAAGUUAAACAUGAGCUUGAAAUAAUGGCUGGUGAUGCAUCUUUAUACCGACAAAGAAAUCAAGUACAGAAUGGUUUAGUUGCAUCUAUAGAAUGUUUGACUAUUAUCCCGCGUCACAUUGAGCAACUCGAAUGGCUUCUACUGGUUUUUAUCCAAUUUAAAGUAAGAGAUCCAGACAAAAGUUGGGUGUUUCUGAUGCUUCAGCAUUUAAAGGAUGAUGAUAUGGGAUUAAAUGAGUUGCCUGGUAUUUUUCAAGAACUUAAUGAACACCUGAACAAACUUGAUAAAUACAUCUGGACCAUAGUUAAAGAACUUGCCUAUGCUAAUGAAUUCAUUAAGUAUUUACUCGAAAAUUUAAUCGGAAGAGAUUUAACAAAUCUUAUCAAUGCUGUCGAUGAUCAGUCAGAUACGAAAUUACUUCAAGAGAACACCGUGGCCGCUUUAAUUGAAGUCAACAAAGCGUUGAAUCCCUUAAAUAAUGAUUCUGUACGAUUAUCUACCACUUCAUUUUUGAGAUGCUUAUCCGAAGUAUCACAAAAACACCCUUCGCUCGCUGAAAAAAUAAGCUCUUGUGGAUCGCAUAAUUUGGCUUUACAAAAUAUGCAUCGUAAUAUAGCAAAACGAGGUGAAGUCACCAAGGAACGAAUUAAAAAUGCAGCAACAAUAGGACACUAUAUAUUUGAACAUAAUGAAAAAUCAAAUUCAUGUGAACUUACAUUGAAAUAUGAUACGACACAAAAUCAACAUAACGAUGCACCUCGUGUUACAGCAUCUUAUAAUAUAGCGGAAUUGCGCGAUCUUUACGGUCGUGCACUCUUGAUUGGAAAAUCUAGAGCUUCUACUGAUCAUUCAAUUGAUGAUGAUGGUAAAGAAGAUAUUAGCAUUCUAAUGAACCAAUUUGUUAUGCAAGUUGAUUUAGCACAACAAAUUACCACUGUGGCUUCAAGAUUAAUUCAAUAUGGUCAUUUUCUUUAUCAAAAGAUGCGCAUGGAAGCUCGCGGUACUACUGACUUGCAACAUUUGUUAAAUAAAUUAAAUGAUGAUAUGAAAAAUUGGGAAAAAAUAGUUGACCAAGCACAAAACGAACACUAUUAUUUAACUUUCUUUUCUGCACGUCAUAUUUUGGCAUUUUAUGAUUAUUUUAGAAAUGUGCAUAAUGGAAACGAUAAUCUUUGUACUUCGAAUCAAGAAAUUUGUCGAAAUCUUAUUCGAUUCGUUAAUGACGAAGCUCAAUUACCACAAUUACAUAAUCAUAUUGAUGAAUGGCCUGAUGUUCAGAGUGAAGCUGAUUUUUUACCGACUCUUUGUAAAAUUGGUGCUACACUUUGUGACAUUUUCAUUGAUAUUCAACAAAGAAACCGACCUAUUCCUGAUGAUGUUGAACCGAUCAUUGCUGAUACAGUUUUUAAAGGAAAAAUAUUUGUGGCAGAUUGUCACUCACGUUCAUUAGUACCAAACGUCAUUUUAUCACUUUUUACCAAUCAUGGAUCUUUUCCUGAACCAUGGCAAGUAUUAAUUUGUCGAAGUACAACGACUGCGGAAGAGAUUUCGCUCUUCAUAAAGCGUUCGUUUAUUGCGGCAAAAAAUGAUUAUGAAGAUUAUUUAUUUUGUAUCGCAAAUGUGGAAUUCUUGGAUUUCGAAUUACAAUAUAAUCUUGUUAAAACAAUCAGAACUUUUCAAGAAAAAGAAACAAAUUAUUUGCUAGCAUUAGUAUGCACUAGAGAAAAGGGUAUUAACCAUCAUAUAUUAGAUCAAUUUUCCGAAAACAUUCACACUACAAAUGGGCUUGAUACUGAGUCUAUGAAGCUUUUAUACUCUGAAAUUUGUGAUUAUGCUACAUGCGUGACAUCAAAUAUGUCCGGACAAGGCAAAACGGAAUGGAUUAAAGAAUCUAGCUUUGGGCUAAGAAAAGCACCACGUACUUUAUUAAUUAGUGACAAUGUCAAUUUUGGAACGCUAGUUCGACAAUUGGCUAAUUGUAAAUUGAACGCCUUUGAAAGUUUACACCUUGAUAUUACACUCGUAACUUAUCCUCAUGAAAUUAACUUCUUUUUGUUUGAAUUAUUGACAUUUGGAGUGGUUUCCAAUGAAUUAGAUAUAGUGCAUUUGUCACAAAUUCCAAUAUUUAUCGAAAUCGCGUCAACGAUUGAGCAAUAUUUAUUAGAUUCGCUUUCUUUAACUAAAUAUAUACGCAGACAUCACCUUGAAUGGGACUUGGAAAAUUUUAUAGUGUCUCAUCAUGUGAACAGUCCUAUUCAAAUAGUUUCUCAUUAUAUGGAUGUACACUUUCAUGGCGAUCUUAAUGACACAAAUAUUCGUUUUAUAGGGAACGAGGCAGUUAAAGAACCUUUACCAGCUAAACGUUGUCGAGAAUUAUUGGAACAUUACUUUUUCAAUGGCCAGCUAGAUAAUGUUUUUUCUUAUCGAUUUUUAGAAAUUUUUGUUAAUGUACUAGCAGACCAACUGGCUAGGCUUUCCGCAAGUUCUUUCUUUCAAGUAGAACAAUUAAAUGUUAUGACUAAAGAAACAAAUAUUCGUUCAUCUCUUUUUGAAAUAUUGGUUUCUUGCUCUAAAGAAUUUGCUACACGAGCGAUCAAAGCAAAGGAUAUGCAAAAGGCAAAUGUUCAGGAAAAAAAUACUCAAGACAUUGAUACCGCAAGACUUGGUAACAUGGUUCAAUGGGACGACUCGAAUCAUCUUGUUGUUGUGUUUUUAUCGCAAAUGCCAGAUUCUAUAUGUGCUCUUUAUCGAGAAAGAAGUAAAGUACCAACUAAUGUCAAAAAUCUAUUAAAAAGCCAAAAUGCAGAAUUACAAGAUUACCAUAACAUGAAGCCAGGCAUGUUGUUAGAACAACUGGAACGUCUUGCAAGAAGAAAAAUGCACAAGUUAAAAAACUUGCCUGAAUACGCAUUAACAAUAGAAAAUCUCCUAAAGAUGGCGAUGAUUUUGUUGAGAUCACGUGCAAACAUUCCAGUAGUCUGUUGUGGCGAAGCUGGUUGUGGAAAGACUAGUUUGGUUAGCUUUUUGUCGAUGAUAAUGGAAGUCAAUUUUCGUGCAUUAAAUCUCCAUGCGGGAGUCCAUAAAGAUGAUAUUCUGGAGUUUAUGGAAAAGGCUACAGAACUUGCACAAGAAGGUGAAACCUGGGUUUUCCUAGAUGAAAUUAAUACAUGUGAUCAUAUUGGAAUGCUUGGAAGUUUAAUUUCACACAGAAUUCUUAAUGGAAGGAAGUUACACCCAAACAUUAGAAUUUUUGCUGCUUGCAAUCCAUAUCGAUUAAGAGUUAAAACACAGAGUAACGUGGGUUUGUCAAGACUGUACGAAGAGAAGGGUAAAUUGGUUUAUCAAGUACAUCCGAUGCCUGACCAAAUAUUAGAUUAUGUUUGGGACUAUGGUCAUCUCAAAGCAGAAGAUGAACGAAAUUAUAUCGAAAUCAUGGUUAAGACUCAGUUAAACCAUCCGUUUUUUGCAGAAUUAUUAUGCGCAUCACAGGCAUUUAUCCGUAAUGUUGAGGAGCCAUUUAGUGUUAGCUUGCGAGAUGUGAAACGUGCUAUCAAAAUUUUCAAACUUCAUGAUCAAUAUCAACGCAAAAAAUACCGGAAAGAAAUGAUUGAUAUCAUAAGAAAGCAUCAAAGAACACCUGAUGAGCCUAGAUACCGAAACCACACAUACAAGGAUUUUUUCGAAAGAAUAAUUUUACAUGAACAAGAAAAUUAUAUUAAUCGUAUGCAAUGUCCUGAAGGAACUGCUAAAAAUGAAGCUCUAUUAGAAAAUAUUCUUGUAAUGAUCGUUUGUAUACAAACGCGAAUACCAGUUUUCAUAAUUGGCGCGCCAGGAAGCUCAAAAUCAUUGGCCGUCCGAAUUAUUAGUAUGAAUCUUCGAGGAGCGGAUUCAAAUGAUUCUUACUUUCGAACCUUGCCUCAAGUCUACAUGAUACCUUAUCAAGGUUCAAGUUCGUCAACUUCUGAAGGAAUUACAAAAGUUUUUCAAACUGCUCAAAAUUAUCAACAAACUAGUUCAAAAGAAAAUCCAGUUACUGCUGUUGUUCUUUUGGACGAAGUUGGUCUUGCGGAAACUAGUCCAUAUAAUCCAUUGAAAGUACUCCACGCUUUAUUGGAGCCACCUCUUGGUUCCCAAAGUAGUGAACCAGCAGUUCCUGUCAUUGGAAUUAGCAAUUGGCGAUUAGACAAUAGUAAAUCCAGUCGUGCAUUAUUGGUUCAACGUCCUCUCUUUGCAGAAAAUGAUCUAGUUGAUACCGCAAGACGUUUACUUGGGAAUAUCAAAGAAAUCUAUGAUAUUGAUGAUUUUUUGAAAAAACUUGCAAAAUCAUAUCUUGACUACAUUAAAAAUCAAAAAUAUCCAAAUUUUCAUGGUCUUCGGGAUUAUUAUUCUUUAGUAAAAAGCAUAAGAAGCGUGAAGAACAAACAAAAGUUAAAUAUUCAAUUAGCGCUUGCUCGAAAUUUCGGAGGAGCUGAUAACAUGGAUGAAUUGUGCAUCACGUAUUUUCAACCAGUUUUGAAACAGCCCCAUAAAUCUAGAUUCGAUUAUAUUCCAAUUCCUGUUCAGGACCUUAUUGAUGCAAAUUUCGAAGAAAAAAAUGCCCGAAAUCUUAUGCUUAUUGGAAAUAGUAAUUCUAUAGUUGCUCUUCAAACGUAUCGGCUUCGCCAAAAACAUACUGAACCAGUCGUUAUUAUUGGAUCGCAAUUUCCUGAUGACAUAGAUGGAGGAGAUUAUUCAUACGCAAUUUUAAAUCGUAUUAUGAUGUGUGUGGAAACGGGCAGACCUUUGAUAUUAACCGAUCUUGAGAUUAUUUAUGGCUCCCUCUAUGAUUUAUUUAAUCAAAAUUUUUUAUCAGAAGGAAAUUCAAGUGAAGAAAGUGACAAAAAGAACUUUACUAGAAUUAGUCUUGGCCCGUAUUCUAAUCCUAUGUUAUAUGAUGAGGCAAAACUACCAUUAGCCGAUCCACCCCUCCUAAAUCGCUUUGAAAAGCAAAGACUUACGCUAAAUGAAACACUCUCAAGUCAUGAAAAAAGACUUGUUGAACGCCUAAAAGAUUGGACCAGGGAAAUUUCGACUAUUGUUGAAAGUGAAAAUGAUACUAAAAGUCUGUUCAAUGAAACAGACAUGUUUAUUGGUUUCUCUUCAGAAGAAACCUUACAGAGUUUAGUUAUAGACCAAUAUGGAAAAAAUCCUGAUCUCGAUGAUGAUGCGAUUAUUCAUGCUUGCAAAGAAGCCCUGAUUUCAAUAGCCACUUCAGAUGGUAUUGUAAGAGCUAAUAUGAUACAAUUUGAAUAG